UCCGCAGUUUCCAUACGGACCCUUCUCUGUCCCCGGCCAGAGGCGUUUAAAGCUGAUGGUUUUGCCAGAUGAUGCCCUUCGAUUUCUGAUUGCACGGGAACUGCUUCGUUUGGGCGCCUGUACAGCUGACGGUACCAGCCUACUGGCAUCGGCCAGGUCAAAUUCAGUCUUCACAAUGACCGGAAUAAUCGGAAUUCUGUAUGCAGCCUAUCA